AUGAGCGGAAUAAACAAUGCAGAACAGCAGCAAUAUUAUCAGACCUUUCUAGCUUUAAAUCCUAUAAACGGCUAUAUAGGAGGCCCACAGGCAAGAGAAUGGUUAAUAACUUCUGGCCUACCCAUUAAGGCUCUCGAACAAAUAUGGGAUCUUUGCGACAUAGACAAAGAUGGGCGGCUAGAUUUUGAUGAGUUUGUCGUAACCUAUAAGCUGACCAAAGAUCUCAGUAGUGGACUCUAUUCUGAUAUUCCACAAGCUCUCCCAGCACACAUGAUCCCUCAAAGUAAAAUACAUUUACUUGGAGGAAACUUCGGCGGUGGUCAAAUGGGCUUUAGUGCUUCGCCCGGUAUAUUUCCACAACAGACUAGCUCAAUACCCACUGGCGUUGGCGGUUUGGGAUAUCAGACACAACAGAUUGCACCUCCACCUGUCCCACAGCAAAGUUUUGGUGCAUUUCCUACUGCGCCAUUGACGGAUGAUUUUGACUGGUAUAUACCGCCUGCAGACAAAUUCAACUAUGAAAACCUGUACUCAAAACGAGCUAACAUUCACGGAUAUGUUCGAUUCGAGUUUUUCGAAGAUCUUUUUCAACAACUUGGCAUUUCUCCAGAGGAAUGUUACGGCGCAUGGAAAAUGGUCGACGUGAAUAUGGAACAACAGCUUGGCAAAGAUGCAGCUCUUGUAUUCUUACAUAUACUUAAUCAACGCAGUAAGGGUAGGCGUAUUCCGAAUCAAAUGCCGAAGCCACUGAGGACAUCACUGAUGAGGGGGAAACUAGAUUAUAAUUAUAAUGAGGCUUUGGAUUCAUCUUCGUCAAAGUCGCGAUCAAGCUCAGGAUCGACAAGGAUGUCGGCCAAGAAAGAAGAGGAACAGCUUUUGAAGCAGCUUGCAGACCUUGAUGAAAAAAUAAAAGCAGCCGAGGAACGAGCUCUUUCUAAUUAUACAUCGGCUCUUUCAUCCAACUCGACUCCCAAAUCGGAAUUUACUCGACUUUACGAGUUUAAAAAGCGUCAGCUGGCUGCGUUAUCUGAUCGCGAUAGGCAGAGUGGUUCCCUAGAAGAUUUUAUUCGGAGAGAAAGGUCGUGUAUUAGAGAAUUACAAGAUGGGAUGAGCCAAUUGAAGACGCAAGUUACGCUGCUUGAAGCACUUUUCGAUGCUGGUAAGGCUGAUUUGAGACAUUUGGAGAGAGAUAUUGAGAGUGAGAAGGUCGGGUAG